CCAUGUGGUAAGCAGCCAACGCUGUGUUUUGGAGUAUCAUCCGGGGCAGAAAAGCAUUCUCAGAGUCCCGUCUGGUCUUGCCCACCCAACCUAUCCACUGGGCUUCAAAGGCGUGGGGACUUUGCCUGAACAACAAUUUCCUGGCUAGUGUCGUGGGCUCUGACUCCUGACUCCUGGUUCCCACCCUUGACUUUGACUCCUGGCUUCAGCACUCAGUUCCAGCUCCGUGAGGCAGCUUCCAGCUCUUCCCCAGCUGCUGCCCAGAGCUGUGCUCUAAUGCCCAUCAUGGACGGACCCCAGGACUGCGUCAACCGCACCACCCACAUUUGGACCUGGCCCCUGGUGCUUUCUUUAGGGAUUCCUCAGCUGUCCCUUGCCCUGAUCUCCGUGGUCUUCAACUCCGCCGUCAUCUUUAGCAUCGUGCAUUCCAGACUGCUGCACAAGCCCAUCUUCAUCCUUUUCUGCAGCCUGGCCAUUUCCGAUCUGCUCUCCAGCUUGUCGGGUUUCUGGAUCGCCCUCUUGUUUGUGACCAACCCUGAGAGCACCAUCGUUGGCUCCAGGCAAGUCCUCACGGCAUAUACCUUCUACGCCAUGUCCAUCUUGGCCACCAUCUAUAACUUAGUUUCCAUCGGGAUCGAACGCUACCUGGCUGUGGUCGGAAGCCUGAGGAUGAGGAGCCGGAUCACCAGGAACCAGACCUUGGGCAUCGCCUUGACUCUCUGGAUGUUCGCCUUCACCCUGGGCUUCCUGCCCUUGAUGGGGUGGAACUGCUUGGAUAAAGGCAACCUCUCGGUCCUUUACAGCCCUCUGUGCAUGGACUACCUCACCUUCCUCACCGUCCCACACUGCGCGGCAGCUUUAAUCAUGCCGUUCUACACCUACUUCAACAUCAUCAGCUUCCUGAGAAAGCACAAGGUGGCCAUGUGCGCACUGGGACAGGCCCAGAACAUCUACCGGCUGGCUGAGGUCCAAGUGGCCAAGACUAGUGUACUGAUCUGGCUCCUGGCACUGCUUUCUUAUGCACCCUUCUUCAUAGGGGUCGUGCUUGAUUUGGCCACUCAGCGUUGCCCCAGCGAGCUCCCCACACGCGUCUACGUGUUCCGCAACCUCACGGCGAUGAUGAUCACCAUCAAUGCGUUGGGUAACCCCGUCAUAUACGCCCUGAAUGCGAAAAGGUUGGGGCACAGGCUCAAGGCCUUGAAGCACCCUUCCAACAACCGCGUCGCUGUGAACGCCAUUGGGCACCCCUGA